AUGUUUGAUUUCCAAGAAGCUUUCCGGGUGAUAAAAGUCGACGAGAACAAUUAUGUCGGGGCCCAUAAACUCUUAUUGCCGGUGCCAGGAGCCAGAGGAGUUUAUGGAGGACAUAUGGUAGCCCAAACGUUAUUAGUUGGGAUUGAGCUGGCUCCAGGAUUCAUUCCCGAGCUGUUCCACGCAUACUUUGUCAAGCCGGGUAAACCCAAGAUACCUAUGAGUUACCGGGUUACCAAGUUACACGAAGGAAAUACAAUUACUCAAAGAUGGAUUGAAGCCCACCAAGAAGGCAAGGUUGUGUUCAAUGCCAUGAUUGCCUUUAUCAAGCCGGGGACCAGAAGGAAAACCGAAAAAAUUGAAUUUCAACAAGCACCAACCAGACUCUAUAACGAAUAUAAGAACAUUGAUGAUUUGAAUAUAGUAGAACACACCGAUUAUAUUCGCAGUGCAUAUCUGAACGAAUUUAAGGAUUUCAAAUUGUGUCCCGAAGAGUAUAACCAGUCAGCACUGCAAAGAUGGAUCACCGUUUGGGGAGGAAUUAAUCAAGGAGGUAACCCUAACUCAUCUAAAUCAAGCGAAGAAACAAUCAAAUCAAAUCGCAAAUCUUUUAACGACGCCAAACUUAACUAUGUGGGAUUAGCCGAUUUAAGUGACACUGCUAUUCUAACUACCAUGGCCCGAGUAUUACAUCUUGAUUGGAACCCAACCGUCGAUAACCCGUACCAAGAGUACGACGAGCACCGUGAUGCUCUGAAACAGUUGAUGAACACCUCCUUGAACAUGCUCCACCUAUUCCAUUACAACGCCAUGUCCUUGGAUCAUCAUAUCUACUUCCAUUGUGACGAAUGGGACAGUUUUGACAUUAGCAAAAACUGGUUGGCCUGCUGCUACCAGUGGAAAGUUCUUCUGAACAACAGAGCAUUACUCAGAGGGUACAUGUACGACGACAAGGGCAAGGUGGUUGCCACCAUCAUACAAGAAGGCCUCACCUACUUGACCGACGGAGUCUUUGAUAAAGCAAGAUUAUAG